AUGACUUCUCCUUACCAUACUCAUUCACAGUCAGCAGCCACAAGUGCGCCCCCUCCUCUUCCCUGCUGUCAUCAGAUCGUUGCUCGGCUGCAUCCACAUGAGGACUUGACUCCUGCAACCGAGUCUCCUGCCUUGCCAGUUCCAACUCGUGUAGUUAAUCCCCUGGCCUCCCCUGUAGCUCCUCGUUCACCGUUGGAGCCGCUUUUCUUGGGGAUGGAUGAUGACACGGUCAUCCCCAGCCCCCCUCCUUCCCUGUUCCUGAUCCCUCCUUCUGCACUUGGGGGGAGUGACUAUUCUCCAGCUUCCCUGGAGAUCGACUUGUAUGAGGUGGAUGCGAGAUGCCCUGCACCAGAGAUGUCGACUCCGGAGCGCCAAGCGGCAUGGGAGGUUGAGUUAGCUCGCUCUCCUACUCCUCCUCCUGCCACCGACGAUAUCAUCGACAUGGUCUUGGAGGUCUCCUGCACUGGUACUCCGGUUUUCCAUCCUGGGGUUCAACCCCUGAUGCCUCCUCCUCGUUGGAUGGGGUGUCGAACUCCUCCUCCUCCCCCUCCUGACUGCCAUCUCCUGACAAAUGGGGAAAUCGCCGGAUGGUCUGAGAGAUUCUUUGUCGCUGAGCUCAUGGCUCGGAUUGCUGACCGAUACUUCCCUUUGGAUUGGGACGUCCCCACCAGUUCCUUGCCUGAGCGCCGCCUUCACAGGCUGGUUAUGCUGCACCUUACUGAGGGUUUUGGCAGUGCCAGCGAUGCUUUAACCUUGGUACUCCUUGUUUCCCUUUGGCUUUCACCAACCCUUUUGGUGAAUGCCACUGAAUUCCACGUGCUUGCACCCAUUGCUACUUGGCUGGCUUGGGUCAUUGCGAGUCCAUGGGGCUCGCAUCGGGCUGAGCGAGCCCAUCUAACCAUGCAUGAUGGCGAUGGCCCUGGCCUAGUUCGUUCCCAGGAGCGAACAAUCAACCCUGUCAUGACUCAAGACUGGGUGACCGCGAUGCACGUCAUUUGGCAUCUUCGUUGCCAAGAACUACCUCAUGAGUCUGUAAUGGAGUCUGGUGGUCCUCCAGACUUUAUCAAUGAGUGGGUGGCCCCUACUGAGGAGGAGCUGGUGAUUCGUUCGUCUCUUGCUCCUCCCCCUCCUCCUUCCUCCUAUGUCAACAUGUAG